AUGGCUCUCGCUCUCGCUCCCGCUCCCGCACCCGCUCCACCCUCCCUGCCGGUCACGCCGCCGGCCCCCGGCGAUGCCCCGGCCACCAAAAACGCGCCGGGCACCCCUGCUCCUGAUCUAUCCCUUUCCACAAACCCCCUAGACGAGCUCAUAUCAUCUGUGGCUCCACCACCUUCGCCAUUCUUCGACCUACCCUAUGUCAAGGCUGGGCAGGUAGCACUCCACUGCUUCCUCGGCUGCGGCAAUGCCAUGGGCUUAGAGUUUGAAGAUGACUGCUCCUACUACCUCCGCCUCGCCAUCACCACACCGGCCCUCCACCUCGCCUCACCCCUAUACACCGCCUUCGGCCAUUCCAACCGACACCUCAACGCCAUUGUUGUUGCUGCGCUGCUCCAGGCUGUCCUGGGUGGCUCUACUGCUCACUUCUUCGUUGCGCAAUGCUCUCCUCUGGUCUUCCGUUUCCACGUCGCGUCUGCGCGCGUGGCUGAGAUCAUCCUCGCUCAAACCACUCUUCACUUCCGCAAUUAUUCCUUCUCUUUUGCUAGGACUCUGCCCUCCUUCCCGUCUCCACCACACUCUGCCGCUACAUGCAUGACGCUUGCCCAGUUGCUCCAAAUCCCAGAUGACCUGGGUCUUCAGUUCGAAGCUGUGACUUGGUCACAACUACGUUCCCAUGUUACCGCCCGUUCAUGCUAUCAGCCUCAUGGCUGCCGAAUGUACGCGUGUGUAAUACAAUUUCCCUUCACUCUCAAUGCCACGAUCAUGGCCCUUGUCCUCGCUCAUCUGUUUGGGGACUCCUACUUCCAUUUCGAGGUCACUGACAACGGAGACUCCUGCUUCUCCUUCACCGUUGCAUCGCCCGCAGUAGCCAAACUGAUCGCCUCCAUGGGUGACUACCGCAAGAGGAGAAUGCUGAUCCGCUUCCCCUGGCCUAUGCUCAUGAGUGGUGCCCGACACCUUCUUAGUGAUGAUGCCAUGCCCCUGUCGCUUGGUUCCACGUCUUCCUCUUCGUUGUCGGUCGUCUCUGCAUCACUGCCACCAGCGCCUUCAACUCUGGAUCUGCCUAAGCUUCCACCUCAUGUGCACUACACUCACCAUACACAUCCGUUCUAG